AGCGCGUCGCUCGCCAGGAAAAGUGCAAGUGUUUUCCACGCUCCCAGGCAGCAUUGAAAUUCAAAUCGCAGGGGAAAAUUCAGCGAGAUGCAGUGCCACCGUCACAUUUACAUCCAUUGCCACCUGUUCCUGCUGCAUCUCCUUGUGGUGCCCCUGCUUCAGGGCUCCCCCGUUUCGAGUCCGGAGAUAGCCAGUAAGGGUUCCAAGUCCCCGAAUAGCCUGCCACAGGUGCAACAGCAGCAGCAACAGCAACAGCAGCAGCAGCAACAGGAGGCCCACCUGAACUCGCUGAGUGCCUAUGCCAGUGGGUACGACAUGGUCCAGAACCAGGCUCAAACCCAGCUCCAAAAUCAGCUGCAAGGCCAGAUUCUUUCCCAAACGGAUCCGGCGUUUAAGCCCUCGUACAAGAUGCCCGAAAUGGAGACAAACUUCACGCCCAUGCAAACGGCCGGAACACCAAGUGUGGCCAGCUUGCCAUCGACUCCCAUGCUCAUGCAGUAUCUGCCGGCCCAGACAAUCCAAGAUGGAUCCGGAAAUGGGGUUCAGUACCUUCAACUGAUCCCCACCCGACCGAUCAUUGUGCCCAUCUCGCCGUACCUCUCGGCUGCCGCAGCAGCAGCCGGAUCUCCUCCAGCAAUCUCAGCCGGCGCCCAGCCAGACUUCGGAGGACGGACGGCCACUGUUUUGAGUGCUCUGCCACCCAGCUACGCAGCUCUCCAGGGAUACGCCAGUGGGUCCAUCAAUCCAGCGGCCGCCUUCCGCAACACCUAUCGCAUCAAUCGCGAGGCGAAGGACAAACACUAUCCGCCCUCGUUCUCGCUAAAUCUCAACGAGUACUUGCCAGCCGCCUCGAUGGGAUUGCCUGGAGGCCAUGACGCCUCCGCCAAUGGUCCACACAUGUACCUGAGGAGCAGGCCAUAGGAUGUAAGCUACCGCCAAAGUCUCGCAGCGUUUAAGCCUCUUCUUUUUUUUCUUCUGGAAU